AUGUACCACUGGUGUUUUGAGACACCUGUGUCUCAAAUGAAGGAUGUUUGUAAAGUAUCUCUAGUCACUGGCAUCCAGAUGUACCAGUACCUAAGAGAUUUGUGCUCGUGGAAGCUGCAACAAAAUGUUAGUAGACUUGGUGGCAUUGGUCCAGUUCAGUCCAACGUUGUUGAAAUAGACGAAUCUGUUUUUCCCACAAACCGAAGCACCACUGUGACCACAGAGGAAGAGCACAACGUAACCCAGUGUGAGUUUUUGGAAUUGUUGAUCAAUGAUGUCAUGUGUGGAGCAUGUGAAGUCUAUUGUAUUGAAGUAACAACAGGUUACUGUGCAUUGCAGCUCUUUGUUCUCUACGAGAUGGCAGCACAUUUUGUUGUGGAAAUUGUGCUGUUAUUUUCGUGGCUUCAAGUGAUCUUUUGUGUUGAGAAAUCACUACCAGUCUCUUGUGAUGCAGCUGUUGUUACUGGUCCUCGAGGUCUUCCUGGUCCUGUGGGUCAGAGAGGCAUGCCUGGGGUACCAGGAACACAAGGCUUGUCAGGCUUCCAAGGUUUACCAGGAGCAUUUGGAAAGACGGGAGAUCCAGGUGUACCUGGAGUGAGAGGCAAGGCUGGACCAAAAGGAGAAAAAGGCAACAUUGGAUUGCGAGGUUCUGUUGGAUUGAAAGGAGAACGAGGUGACGUAGGACAAAAAGGUGAAAAUGGAGUAAAAGGAGAAGUUGGUCGUAAAGGAGAUCAAGGUAUUCAAGGUCCAGUGGGUCCAAGAGGUUUACAAGGAGUUAGAGGAUUUCCUGGAUACAAAGGAGAGAAAGGUUCACAAGGUUUGCAAGGCAUUCCUGGAUUAACUCCACUUUCUGAAAUAAAGAAACUUGAACGUUUGGUGACAAAAUUAUACAAUGAACUGAAGGUUUCUCGAGUUUCAUAUGGUGAUGAAGUUGGUACAUGCAACAUUAGCACGUUAGGUGAUUUGUUCUACCACAAUUCUAAUAAAUCUUUGCUGUUUUGUGAUUCUGAGAAGUGGGUUGAGAUAACAUGGAAACUAUACCUAACUUGUUCUGUAAUUAAGAUCAACUCUAUUCAGUUUGUGCAGAAGGUCCACUCUCUCCCACCUGUAAAGGUUUAUUGUGAUUAUUCUGUGAUCUCUAGUGGGUGUGCACUUGUGUGGAAACACUCAUAUUUUCAAGUUGGAAAUCCAACUGAUGACAUGCGUACUUUCAGUUCAGUGGAUCGUCCAUGUACUGAUCUGUCUGAUGGUUGGUGUAAUGUGGGUAACAAGGAUAAUGUUCCUGGUAAUGUUCAAUUGACAGUUGCUUAUCAUGAAGGACAAGUUGCGUAUGCAUAUGGUGGUGAUCGUAAUUGUGAACUGGGAAAGUCAUGGCGUGGAGCAAUACUCAACAAUCCAGUCAAAAUUACAGAUCAUUGUAAUAGAGGGAAUGGGAUUCCUCCAGAGCCAAAUAUUGCUUCAUCUGGAAUACCAGGAUUGACAUUUGACAAAUGGAAGCCUGGUGUAUACGACCAAAACUGUGAUACAGAUAGAUACAAGACUAUGUAUGACUGUCGUUGGGAGAAUUGUCGGUUACCUUCAUCUAUCUCAUCCAAAACAAAUCAUGUACAAAUGACAGUUGCUAUAUUUCUUUGUUGACUUUGCACACAGCACUCUAUGGGGUAGUUGCAUGUUGAUCUUGUUUGCAUUGUAUGAAAUGUAACAUCUAGUAUUGUGAACCUUGGGCUUUCUUGUCAGAACCUCACAGCAUCAUUUUUGUUGUGUUUCUGAUUUCCAACCAUAAAAGUUUAUUACGUGAAAAUUACAAAAACAAAUUGUUUUUGUAUUGCGUUGUAGCUUAUAUUGUAAUGGUAAUAGAAUAUUUGAUAGCUAUUUUAUUUGAGCAAGUAGAAUAGAGUUUGAAUAAAGUAUGUAGUGAGGACAAAUAAGUGAUUGCAACCGAACUUUGACCAACUGGCAACUGCUUCCUUCUUUUAUAAGCAAUUUGUACACAAGAUAAUUAG